AUGGAUCGGGACAAGCAAGCACAAGAGCCGCGGCGGUCCUCCAAGGAAUCCACCAAGCCGGUCCGCAAUUCGGCACUGUCGUCACCAUGGAUAACUGCAGCCAUCGCAGCUUGCGUCGCCGCCUUCGCCUUUCGGUUCUCGGACUGGAGCAAGACGCAGAAUUCCGACAGGACCUAUUGCUACGAGGGUGUCGCCACGUUAUCCGACACCAAGCCCGCGGCACGAUGCUUCACCGUCUCGCCAAGCGGUGAGUUCACGGCUGUGCUCCAACAGCCACCGGCCAGCAGUACGGGCGUCACUUACGAGAUUCUGCCGGGGUACGUGAUCCCGGGUUUAUGGGACGGGCAUGGCCAUCUGCUCCAGUAUGGCGAGUUCCUCCACUCGGUAGACCUAUUUGGGUCCGAGUCUGCGGACGAGGUGCGAGCUCGCGUGGUCCAGUAUCUCGAUGCGCAUCCUGGCGUCGGUGCGCCGGGUGAGUGGCUCAGGGGCGUCGGAUGGGACCAGAUGGUCCUGGGAGGCAUGCCUACAGCGGAAUGGCUGGAGCAAGACGAGAGACUCAAAGGCCUCCAUAUCAUGCUCGACCGCGUUGACGUGCACUGUGUCUGGGUUUCUCAGGCUGUCCUCGACCUCCUAGGCCCUGAUGUUCCAGACGUCCCCGGCGGCGAGAUCGUGCGCGACCCGGGCAUGGGCGUCUUUUGCGACAAUGCCAUGGAUCUCAUCACAGCCAAGUGGCCCAGGCCGGACGCCGCAAAGAAGAAGCGCUUCAUCCGCUCUGCCAUGGCCGAGCUGCACAAGGUCGGCCUCGUCGGCAUGCAUGACGCCGGGGCUACGCCAGAGGACCUGCAGCUCUUCCGUGAUAUGUCUCAAGACAGCUCUGACUGGACCCUGCGCGUACACGCCAUGCUUGAGUGCAAGGAGCGCAAUACCUUUUGUCCCGACGAGGCUUCUGCUGUCCGUCAUCAAGAUGACUUUCUGUCCAUCAGGAGUGUCAAGCUCUUUGGAGACGGCGCCCUCGGCAGCUGGGGCAGCGCCAUGCUCGACCCCUACACCGACCGCCCAGACACCACAGGCUCCCUGCUCGUCAACGCGUCAACGCUGACAUCCCUCGCGGCUUCGUGGUCCGCGGCCGGCUGGCAGGUUUGCAUCCACGCCAUCGGCGACCUGGCUGCGCGCCUCGCCCUCGAUUCCCUCGAGGCCGCCCUCGUCGACUGCCACCCGGCCCGCGAGCCCGCAGAGUGCAGCCAGCGCCGGCGCUUCCGCAUCGAGCACGCCCAGAUCCUGCACCCGGCCGACCGAGCGCGCAUGCACGCCCUGGGCGUCCUGCCGUCGGUGCAGCCGACCCACGCCACGUCGGACAUGGCGUACGCGGAGCUGCGGCUCGGCAGGGAGCGUCUGACUACCGAGGCGUACCGCCUGAAGAGUCUGCUGCCGCUGAGGCCGGUUCUCGGGAGCGACUUUCCUGUCGAGCCGCCAGAUCCGUUCCAGGGGAUGUAUGCUGCUGUGACGCGGCGGAGUCCCAAGACCGGGCUGGGCCCGGGCGGGGAUGCCAAGGUGGGAUUUCUCAUGGACGAGGCGCUGACGUUGGACGAGGCGCUGCAUGGGUUUACUGGCGGUGUUGCGUACGGCGGGUUUAUGGAAGGCCGGGCUGGUGUGAUACAGGAGGGCGCGCUGGCUGACUGGGUGGUGCUGGAUCGGCCCCUGGGGGAGUACGGCGUUGAGGAUCUGAGGAGCAUGAGGGUACGGGAGACGUGGGUUGGCGGAAGGAGGGUUUAUGCGCGGGAGGAUUGCAGAUGA